AUCUUAGCACCAUCCCAAGAUCCGAGUGGGACAUACUUUUGAAGGAUGUGUAAUGUUCAAUCAUAAGUGUGACAAAAACUGACAAGCAGGAAGCUUAUGUACUCAGUGAGAGUAGCAUAUUUGUCUCCAAGAGACGUUUCAUGUUGAAGACAUGUGGUACCACCCACUUGCUGAAAACACUGAUUCCCCUGUUGAAACUUGCUAGGGAUUACAGUGGGUGUGACUCAAUUCAAAACUUCUUUUAUUCUGGUAAGAAUUUCAUGAAGCAUUCUCACCAAGGGUACCCACACCGGAAUUUCCAGGAAGAAAUAGAGUUUCUUAAUGCAAUUUUCCCAAAUGGGACAGCAUGUUGUAUGGGACGCAUGAAUUCUGAUUGUUGGUACUUUUAUACUUUGGAUUUCCCAGAGAGUCGGGUAAUCAAUCAGCCAGAUCAAACCCUGGAAAUUCUGAUGAGUGAGCUUGACCCAGCAGUUAUGGACCAGUUCUACAUGAAAGAUGGUGUUACUGCAAAGGAUGUCACUCGUGAGAGUGGAAUUCAUGACCUGAUACCAAGUUCUGUCAUUGAUGCCACACUGUUGAAUCCUUGUGGGUAUUCAAUGAAUGGAAUGAAAUCAUUCAGUCUUUGGGCUUUUUUCCAGGAGAGUGGAAUUCGUGACCUGAUACCAGGUUCUGUCAUUGAUGCCACACUGUUCAAUCCUUGUGGGUAUUCAAUGAAUGGAAUGAAAUCCUAUGGAACUUACUAG